AUGGCUUCCGAACACCAGAUGCCGGCCUCCAAGCAGCAGCCCGCCAGCUCCAAGAUUGCGAUCUUCGAGCAGGAGAACUUCCAGGGCCGCUGCCAUGAGCUCAGUGGUGUCUGCCCCAACCUGAAGGAUGCCGGUGUGGACAAAGUGGGCUCCAUCCUCGUGCACUCCGGACCCUGGGUGGGCUACGAGCAGGCAAGCUGCAAGGGUGAGCAGUUUGUGUUUGAGAAGGGGGAGUACCCCCGCUGGGACUCCUGGACCAACAGCCGGAGAAGCGACAGCAUCACCUCCCUGAGACCCAUCAAAGUGGACAGCCAGGAGCACAAGAUUGUGCUGUAUGAAAACCCCAGCUUCACCGGCAAGAAAAUUGAGAUCAUUGACGACGACGUGCCCAGCUUCCAUGCGCAUGGCUACCAGGAGAAGGUCUCCUCCGUGCGGGUGCAGAGUGGCACGUGGGUGGGCUAUCAGUACCCUGGCUACCGAGGCUACCAGUACCUGUUUGAGAAGGGUGACUACAAAGACAGCUCCGAGUUUGGCGCCCAGCACCCCCAGAUCCAGUCGGUGCGGCGCAUUCGGGACAUGCAGUGGCACCAGCGCGGCGCUUACCACCCCUCCAACUGA